CCCCUUCGUGUUUUUUUUCAGCAUUUUUCUGUGUUUUUAAUUUUUAAACAUUUUUUUUUUCUCUCUCGUAAUUACCUACCAAUAUGUUUAAAUGCGUGCAGUGUCCGUUGGUUUUUGGACGAAAAGACAGUUUGGUUAGACAUGAAAUAACUCAUACCGGUAUACGUUUUCCGUGUACCGUAUGUACAUCGACAUUCAACUAUAAAUCGCAUGUCAAUAGACAUCUGAAAAAUAUUCAUGGUAUUGUCAACAUUCGAACCCAUUUGAGACCGAUACCAGCUACACCCAUCAUCACUCAACCUGAUCCAGCUCAUCAGGUCCAGAUUGCGCCGAAAAUAUUUGUCCCCGAUGUCCCGGCCGGUGGAUCAAAUGCGAUAUUCGACGACGACGAUAUAUUGUGUAUGGAAGCAAUGGACGACUUUGAGGAUAACGAUAUAUUGUGUAUGAAAGCAAUGGACGCAUUUGAGGAUACAGAUUCUUACACCGUUGCCGUCAACGGGAAACGUGUUUCGACCGCCAAUACCAACUCAGCUGCUAACGCUAAAAAAAUUAGAUUGAAUCUCGUCAAGUCACCCGGGUUUGUUGAGAUUUUGUCGUCCGCAAACCGUAAAAUAGUUUGGUAUUAUGCUAAAAAUAUUACUAAUACAAUGAUUUAUUCUGACUUUCUCCGCCCGCUUAUGCCUGAGCUAGUCAAUUUAUUGAAAACCCACGUGAAAAAGCAUGCGAUUAAAUUCGAUUUGAAACUCGAGGCAACAUACAACCGGCCCAAU